AUGGCUUCUCUGCUUCACUAUACAUUUCUUCCUCGCAGUCACCAUCACGUUUCCCUGUCUAAACCCACCUCAAGUUCCCGGAAUUUCGCUGGGAAAUUCUCGAGAACUAAGAAAAUUCGCCAUUUUUCUUCGUCUGAGAGCCGGAGGAGACUUAAUUUGGAGAAAGGAUAUUUUAUCUGCCAGUCAUCAUCUGGCGUCACAUUCAUUGAGCCUCCCGAGUCUUCAAAAUCGAAAGAUGAUUAUAUUGGGUCCCUCAAGAUCAAAUUAUUGGUAUUCCAAAGGAUUGAUAUUUUUAGCAAAGACUUUGAUAACAUAGUGGAGCUUGAAUUGGGGGCUCCAUGGCCUUUUCCCCCGCUAGAAGUCACUGCCACCUUAGCCCACAAAUUCGAAGUUAUAGGUACAAAGGGGGUCAAGAUAACAUUUGAGAAGACAACCGUGAAGACUAAGGGGAACUUAUCUCAGCUGCCCCCAUUAGAUGUUCCCCGUUUACCGGAAGCCCUAAGGCCGCCGUCUAAUACGGGAUUUGGUGAGUUUGAGGUUACGUAUUUGGAUUCUAAUACGCGUAUCACUCGAGGGGACAGAGGAGAAUUGAGGGUUUUUGUUAUUGCUUGA